CAACAACAUAACAACACGCGAUGCCACCGUUCAAUCUCCAGAAACCAAACCCCAAAAUUUUCAAAAAAUAAAUAAAAAAUUAAUUAAAAAAUUAAAAAAAUCCCCAUUUUCUCUCUUCUUCUCCGUCCUUCAUCGUCAUCUUCGUUUUCCGGCGAAGAUUGGAGGACGGAAUCGUUAUCGCCGGCGAGAACAUUCGACGGAAUAUGCACACUCUCCGGUAACACCACCGACACCUUCACUGCAGUGACGUCACCUUCAGAAGAAGAUCGCUUCGUUCUCACGGCAGCAUCUUCUUCUGAUAAUUCCACAAGGUUCUCGUUUCAGAUUCGUUCGAUAAUUCAUAAUAAUCGAUAAUCCUCUAGAUUCACUCAUUAUUUGAUAGAUUGAUUGAUUUAUUCGCUUUUGAAUCGUGCCGGACCUCACCGGAACCCUAGGUUUCAACCGCCGGUGGUGAUUUGCGAUUGUAGAUUUUGUGCCGGACCUCCCCGGAACCCUAAUUUUCAACCGUAGAUUGUAAAAUGCAAUGGAUAAUCAGAUUUUCAGGCUUUGUAUCGGCGGCAUUGGUGAUGAUUGUUCUCGCUCCUUCGUUACAAUCGUUUCAUCCUGCUGAAGCGAUUAGAUCUCAUUCGCAUUCGCACUCGCACAUCGACGGACGGUUUCGUCACCGAACAUCGUCGUUUCGUCGCGCGUCGGAGUUCCGCAACGCCGCCGGAUGCGUUCCGGUUCAACAUUCCGGCGAUGUUUGCGAUCCGGCUCAGGUACACGUAGCGUUAACUCUCGAUUUCGAGUAUUUACGAGGCUCGAUUGCCGCAGUUCAUUCGAUUUUGCAGCACGCAUCGUGUCCGGAGAGUGUUUUCUUCCAUUUUUUAGUCUCUGAUACGAACCUCAAAACCCUAGUUUCUCAAACUUUCCCUAAAUUGAAGUUUAAACUGUAUUAUUUCGAUCCGGAGAUUGUACGGAAGCUGAUUUCAACGUCGGUGCGUCAAGCAUUGGAACAGCCGCUAAAUUACGCGCGAAAUUACAUUGCCGACAUGCUCGAACCGUGCGUCCGGCGAGUGAUUUAUCUAGAUUCCGAUCUGGUGGUGGUUGAUGACGUGGCGAAGCUAUGGGGAACAAGUUUAGGUGAGAAAACAAUCGGAGCACCGGAGUAUUGUCACGCAAAUUUCACGAAAUACUUCACCGGCGGUUUCUGGUCAAACCGGCAGUAUUCCGGCAUUUUCAACGGUAGGAAUGCAUGCUACUUCAACACUGGAGUGAUGGUUAUUGAUUUGGAGAAAUGGAGGGAGUUCGGGUAUACGAAACGGAUCGAAAAGUGGAUGGAGAUUCAGAAAAACGAGCGGAUAUAUGAGCUCGGGUCGUUACCUCCAUUCCUGCUGGUUUUUGCGGGUCAUGUGGCUCCAAUUGACCAUGGGUGGAACCAGCAUGGGUUGGGUGGGGAUAAUGUUAAGGGUAGUUGUCGUGACCUGCACCCCGGUCCGGUUAGCUUGCUGCAUUGGAGUGGGAGUGGGAAGCCGUGGCUGAGACUCGAUUCGAAACAACCGUGCCCGUUGGAUGCGUUAUGGUCUCCGUAUGAUCUGUAUAAACAGCCGUUGUGAUUAUCAGAAUCGAGACUGGUACAUUUCUCUAUCAUAUCCUUGUAUUGCAGUUGCUAUUUGUUUUUUUGUUCUUGGGGGGUUUAUAGAUUUAUGUUAUGUUUGAGGAUAUGUAUUCUAUUCCAUUAUUUCUGCAUUCUGAUAAUAAAACCGAAAACUGAAAAGAUAUUCAAUUUAGUCUGUU